UUGCUACGCCGCCCGCUGUCGGGAUAAAAGGUGUGUCGCUAUACGCAGUACACGCGCCUGUGGUUGUAAAAUAAUUUGCCAAAACAAAAGUAGUCGUUAUUUGCUUUUGUUGUCUUUGAGAAUAGUUAAUUUAAAAUUCAUUAUUAAAUAAACUUUGGAUACGGUGAAGAUGCAACGUAAAAGAGGAAGUUCUAAGAAGUACACCGCCAAAGGAAGAUCGCGAUAUGUUGCAACGGAGGACGAAAUCAUCGCACGAAACGCCGAAAUGAAUAGCAGGGACUCUAACGAGGAAUCAUCCGAUAAUGAUUCAGAUGAGCCAGAACAGCCAGAACGUCACACCUCUACCCAGAAACAGAUGAAGACUAUGCCAUCUUCUUCUUCAGAAGACGAAGAAGAAGAUAGCUCUUCGAGCGAGUUUGAAAUAUGCAACCCAAAUCGUAAUCCUAGACCAAUAGAGAAAACGGGUGUCGUAGAAUUAUCACGUCGUGAAAGGGAAGAAUUGCAACGCCAAAACUUUGAAAGGCAAAAAAUGACGCUAAUGGCACAAGGAAAAUUAAAGUCUGCACAAGCUGAUCUUGCACGACUCGCUGAAAUUCGUAAACAAAGAGAGGCAGCUUUGGCACGUAAGAUGGAACAAAUGUCUCUGAAGGAAAACCAGUAGAUAACACUCAACAGAUUAUAUUCAUUGCUAUCUCA